AUGAAGCUGCCCAACCGAAAGCUCUUCCGGCCUGAGGUUGAGCAGCAGGAGGAGGAGGAACAGCUGAGGGCGCAGCAGCAGUCCCCGAAGCAGCAGCGGACAUCGGCGAUCGCCCGCGCCGCCGCCACCGCCUCCGCCGCUAGGUACGCCGCCCUCGAGAUGAAGCCGCCGCCGCCCCGCGCGCCUACGGCGGCGAAAGCAUCAGCGGCGGCGGGCGGCGACGGCCUCUCGUGGCCAUCCUCCUCCCCCCACUGCGGCGGCAGUAAAUCGGUCAGCUGCACCCCGACCAAGGGCAUCCUGUCGGGCGGGUUUGGCAAGGGGGUGGCGGCGACGGAGGGCACCAGCACCGCGAAGCGCAGGGUGCGGUUUGAGAUGGAGGAGGCAGAGCGCAUGGCGGCGGAGGAGGCGUGCCUGGCCUCCCCGUGCCGGUCGUCGUCCUCGCUGAGCCCCGGCUGGGGGGGUUCGAGGGCGGCGAGCGCCAGCGAGGAGGGCGGCGGCGGCGGCGGAGGAGGAGAGCGGCGGGGGAGGUGGUCGGCGUGGCUUCGCCCGUUCGUGGUGUCGGCCUUGGCCGUGGCGGUGUCCGUAGGCGCGGUCGCUUUCCUAGGCGGCGAGGGUCAAGGCAAGGCGCCGGGCCCCGUACCCGCCGGGUCGUACUCGCCUGCUCGGCUCCUCCCGUGGUUGGAGGAGCAGCCGCAGGAUCUCUUCUGCCCGGUUGCUGCCGCCGUCGAGCCGGUGACGGCCGAGAGAAGGACGGACGGCGGUAACGUCGUCGGACCGGUGGAGGGAGAAGCUGCGGGAGUGCUUGCCGAACGCGACGAGCUCGCAGAGGAGGAGGAGGAGGGGGGGGGGGAGGAGGCAGCGAGUGCCGUUUUCGAAGAUGAUGCGGCCGUGGGCUCGAGCGGGAAGGUCGUUGAAGCUGGCGCGGAGGAGGUAAAGCGCGACGGCGAUGAGGAGCAGCAGCAGCAGCAACACGAGCAAGAGAUACCUCUCGAGGAGGAAGAGAAUGAGGACGGCCAGGAAGAUCUCCCCGCCGCCGCCGCCGCUGCCGUCGCCGCCGCCGCCGCCCCCGAAGCGGUGACGGCCGAUGAUGGACAACAACAACAAGAACAGGCUCCCCCCGCCCCGCAUCAUUACCACCAACACUACCCGGAAGAGGCCGAAGGAGCUUCCGCCGAUUCCGCCGCCGCGGUCCGGAGCAGCGCAACCGUAACCCGACCCAAGUACCGGUCCCCGGUUUCUCCCGCUCCCGCCCCCGCCCCCGCCCCCGCGCCUGCCUCGAUGUGGGGCUGGUUCGAAGUUGGAGCGGCCGUUUUCGGUGCGUUGGCGCUCCUGGCCGCCGUGGCGUGGCGGAGCUUGGGCGGGGGUGGUGUGGAGGACUGCGGGGAGUUCGACGGCGGCGGAGGCGAGGCGCCUGCCACCCCGACCCACGGGGGUGACGGCGGAGGCGAGACGCUCGGCCGUUACCAGACGGUGGAGCUGGUCAAGAAGGGGGACACGCCGGCGACGCUGCGGUCGGUGAAGCGGUCGUACAGGAUCGGUUCCUCUCAGGCUUCUCCCAGGUCGGGUACGAUGAUCAUGGACCUCGGGCCUGCGGCGCUUGACAUGUCCAGCACGUGA